CCAGACUAACAUCGGUGUGAAAAUCAACAAAGAAGCGAUAACUAAAGAUGGCGGAUCGAAUCUGUGAAUUCUGUAUGAGUUGUUGCGGUGCAAUAUGUGCUGUAUUUUGUCGCGAAAUGACAAUGAAGUGUUCAUACAUCAUUCAAUUCACCGUGUACAGUAUUUUACAAGGCUACAAUGUGGCAUCAGAUGUAGGUAUGUUUAUUGACGUAUUCAGUGCUGUUAGGAGAUGCAAUGGACUUGGAGAUUCACAGGCAAAUGGAACAACGCAAGUCGAUCCGGGAGGAACAGUUAUAUACUGCAGGCAACCCGGUAAUUUUACAUUUUCCGAUCUGGACAAGCAUAUUCUAACGCUGGAGAUUCUGCAGUGGUUCUUUCUAAUUUUCGCGGGAAUUGGUGGAGCACUUUACAUAGCACAUUUAUGUACUUUGUUACCAAAUUUGUGCAAACAUUGCCGGGAUCCCACGUUUGAGUAUGACUUGGCAUCACCCGACAUACCAAGAUAUUACCGGAAAAUCGUUCAUAUUCAUACUGUAUUCAUGUGCCUGGAGACUUUUAUUCACGAUAUCCCUGUAUCAUGUCUGGCUGUGGAGCUGAGUGUGCAUUACUUCGGGCCAGGGCAGAUCAACUGUUGGGAAUGCGCAGCAACUGCAAGCUCUAUACCUGCAGAACUUUCCCUGAAGAGAGGUAGUCUGUGGAUUGGCCUGAAAAUAUCAGCGGUAGCAUUGAUAACUAUUUAUAAGGGUAAGAUUAUGGAAAAAAAAAAACGACAACCAAAUAAAUAAAAUGAUAAAAUUAUUGGCCCAAAUUAUUUAUAUUGCAGCCUAAUUAAGUUUUGUACUAGGCACUUUUGUAUUAUGUAGUUUAAAAAUGAACCAGUUUAACCACGUGGAAGUUUUUAAAGCGUCAAUGAGGUCAGCAGUUUGUGGCGGCGCUAGUCCAGAGACAUCUAGUUUAGUUUUGCAACACCAGUUACUCCUCCUCGUUUGUUGAUUAAUGCAUCAAGGCAUGUAACUGCAAACGAUUUACUAGGAAUUCAUAUGAAUCCAUAAAAAAAGAGCAGCUGAAUAUUUCGAGUUCGAGCGAUCUUAUAAUGCAAAAUGGAGUUUUGCAAGUUUUUAAUGAGAGUACUGAAUGAGGGAGGUACUAGAUAAAUCAUUUAUCUAGUACAAAUCAUUUUUUUCGUGUAAUUUUGUUUUAUUUGUAUGGCUGUUCUGAUCUGGGAAAUUAUUUUAAUGAAAACUGUUAAAGAUACUUUCUCAUCAUCAUCAACUGUCUUUAAAGGGGCUGUGUCGAAGCUGUCAUGUUUGUUGGGCUAAUAUUGUCAACAUAGCGUCUAUAUUGGCGAAGGAACUGUCAGAACAGUUAACGUUAGCGAGGAAUUUUUUUCCCGCAAAUGAUAAAAUCACAGCUUCGUAUCAAACAAAAAUCUCUCCAGAAGCAUUACAUCAAACGUUACAAAAGCAUUACAUCAAACAUCAAACAACAAAAAUGAACUUUGAUAAACUAUUAGGCUAAAAUUAAGUUUUCAAAAACUGCAGCCAUGAUUGUAAUCAGAUUCCUUCUCAUUCAAGCUUGUAUAUUCAUGCCUUCUUUUAUAUUUGCUUUGUUAUUUGUACCUUCUUUGAAUGUUUUGAGCCGUAAGUUAUUGUAGUGUCUCACUCGAUUUGGCUACAGCUCUCAAUACUUGGAUUUUGAUGAAUUUUGUGACCCGGCUUCAUUGAUCACAGCUCUCUUCCUUUUAUCCACAGGAGUCCUGCCUUUGUACUUCUGGAUUGGGAAUCCAUUUUGCUGGAGUUGUUAUCCCCUGAGGUUCCUCAUCGCUGCACCAGCCGGACUCGGCUUCAUGGUAAUGGUGCUGACUCCAAGUAUGGGAAUAGCAAAGUACCGGGUGAUGACCAAAGUCCCGGAAUUGAAAUCAGUGGUAGCCGGGCCAUCCGAUAUCAUCUUCAUGAUUGGUCUAGUGUUCUGGGUAAUACUCAUCGUAGGAUUUCUUUUCUGGAAGAUAUUUAGCAACUUUGUACUGGACCUGUGUCCUUGUUUGACAUGGUGCAUGGAGGAUGAUGACAAAAAGAAAAACAAAGAAGAGGAAAAGACAACUGGCUGUCUAUGUUUUUGAGGAGGCUGUGCGUUCGUGUUUAGCCUCUAGAUAGUCAUAUAUUCAUUAAGCUUUUCCAUUAAAAUGCCUGACAAGGCUAUGGCUAUGCUUACACCCC